AUGCUUCCACGUCAGCAGAGUCUCCAUGACAGAAUCCAGAGCGACGAUUGGUGCAGAGGUCUCUCGGACGGCCUUUACGCAGACCCCCUGGCCAACCCUUCAUGCAGUGUAUACUUCCGCUGCUCCAACCAGGCUCUCGCCGCUCUGCACCGCUGUCCACCACACACGCUGUUCCUCGAGGCAGGCCUGUGGAACGGCGGUAAAGGGGAGGAGGAGGCGGGGAGCGAGGGCGCGUGCAUCCCUGAGGAGGAGUUCCUGCACAAUGCACACCUGAGGAAACUCGGAGCGAGCUCCUCUGGCGAAGGCUGGGAGGGUUUCCCUGUGGAGGGCCAGGGAGACGCGGGCUCCGCGUAUCCGUCUGGCGGCCACCGGGGGGUUUCGUUGAGGGAGGUGGCGGGUGUGAGCCGGGCAGUGGGCCUUCUCGAAUCAAAACCAGCAGCAGCAGCAGCAGCCGGCGCAGGAGGGGCAGAAAUAGCAGGGGGGGCAGGGGGAGACGAAGGAGCAGGAGGAACGGGAGAGUCUAUGGGAGCAAUGAGGAGCCAGCUUGAGGUGAAUCCACAGGCAGGGGGAAGCGGGGCUUCAUCUCCAGGUGCCUCAUCGCAGGCUGCCCCAUCUUCCCCCACCCCGUCCGCUUCCCUCCCGGACCCGCAAACCCUGGCGGAGCUGAAUGCGCUGCUGGCCUUCAAGGCGUCCGUCAUCGUGUUUAACGACCUCCUCGCCUCAUGGACCGUUCCCCGCUCCGCCUUCUCCGCCUCCUCCGCCCCAUCCGCCAACUCCGUCCCCUCCGCCUCCCCCGCCUCCUCCGCUGCCUCCUCCCCGACCCCUACAGCUUCCUCUGCGCCUGGCGCUUCGUUACUUGCUCCCCCGCCCGCCCAGGUGGCGCGCGGAGGGUGGUGGGGCUGA